AAAAUAUUGUACACCAAACUCCCUAUUGGUUGAAAGAAAAUCUUAUUUUGAAUUGGGCCAUCCUUCUUUUCCUUUCAUGCUUAUCUUGGCUGAAUUGGCAAUAUUUUAUUGGUGGUGUACAAGAGAAUUUUGUACAUCAAAUGUAACCCUACCCUUUCCCGAUGAUAAACUAAAACUUGUUUCCUCACCUUUCAAAAAUUAUAUCCAUCCAUAAGAGUGGAAUAAAAUGUUUAAUAUUUUUGUUAAUGUUUACUUUAAUGCUAAUCACUCCCACAUACUGCCUCAAAAAAAAAAAAAAAAAAAAAACACUCCCACAUACUUUUAUUACGAAAUAUCACUUUAAAAAUAUAAUUAUCCAGCGCUUUUACUCAUCAUUAACAAAAUUAUCGCCAAUUUAUUACCACAUACCAUACCGGCCAUCGAACAUUUCUCCAUCAAUCUUUACCUCUCCAUCCCUAAUCCCCCUACUUCAAAUUAGGAUCAUGACCCAUUUGUGUGGUUUGACUAUCACUUGUAUAGUGAUUACAGAAGAGAGAGAAUAAACACAAAUUAUACAACAUGGAUGACCCCGAAGAAGAAGCCACAAAUCGAUUCAAAUUCAACGACUGGGACUCACUCCCUUCCACCCACAACCACCACCAUUCCUCCUCGCACCACCCACUUCCUCUUCGAACCACCCAUCACCGCCACCAUCAUCUUUCCGUCUUCCCGCCGAUUAACCAUGAAGGUCUUCCAGUCCCACCACCACCACCGCCGCCACCUCCGCCGCACGCGCCGCUUACUCUCUCAACUUUCACUUCCGACUCUGAUUCUCCCUCCCCUUCUUCUCCUCCUCCCCCGCCAAAACCCAGGAAUUCUUUGUUGAUUAAUAAAUGGGUUGAUUUUGUUAUUCAUAUGUGGAAUUCUAAGCUUCGGUCUUGUCUUGGGAUUGUUUGCUCUCAUGGGUUUUUUUCCUUGGUUUUUCCGGCGGCUUCUACGGUCUGGGUUUUGGGUUUUUUGUGGUUUUGGGUUCGGCGGCGGAGGUGGCGGAAGCGGUUAAGGAGGGAUGGUGGGAAGGAGAGUGUUAAGCAUUUGAAGGUCUUGAUUAAGGAAAAAGAUGAGAUUAUUCAGCUCUUAGAGCAGAUUGCUCUUAUGAAUAAGGUAUUGCUAGCACGUUACAAAAUUCCUGUUAUAAGAUCUAGCUGAUUGAGAAUAUACCGAUGGCUGUGUUUAGGAAUGUGGCUGGCUCAUCGGAACCGUCAACCAGGUGUGCAACUGUGUUAUAUGUAUUUAUAUUUAUUUAUUGUAUAUCUUAUCCAUAAAGUACAGACUACAGAUUGGCCUAGUACAUCAUUAGGCUAAUAUGUAUAUAAGUUUUGUUUAGCAGUUUAGUUUGAAGUUCUUAAUGUGCCUAUGCUUGUAAAUGGUAUUACCAUUAUUAUUUAUUGUAGUGUUUCCUUUUACUUUCUUCAUUGUAAUCAAUCUUAGCUCUAUUCUUUUAUGUUGA